GGGGAAGAUAUUUCCAGACGGACAGCAGUUGUUAUUUCCUCUUGUCCGUGAAGUUGUAACAGUCCGUCAACAAACAGCACCCACAUGCCGAGAAUAAAACAAGGACAAAUACCGUAACAGAGUAAUAUGGAAUAACAAGUAUUCUGCGAGAUUACAAUGAUGUAACGUUAGUGUAUACGUACAAUGACAAUGACUGUCUUGCUCGGACUUACAAUAACGAAGUGGCUAAGUUAAAAGGUCGUGGCUGGCAUUCAGAGCACUGCAUUGGAAGCACAAGAUGUGGAGGUCAGGUCGUGCUCUGAGUUGCAGGCUUCCAGGAGAAGGAGCAGCUAGACUUUGUUUCGGCAUCCCGCACAGACCUUCCUCCUCUUCCCAGUCCAACUCCUCUCCCCGGACCAAAGCAGAGAAACUGAGGCGCAGACGAGAGCGGGAGGAGGCCAUACUGUCAAGUCAACACAGUACUGCUGAAGAUAAAGCUGUGAAAUGGACCGAGAAGCAGAAGAUAGUGUACACUGCUCCAACCCUCGCUGGGACAAAGAAAGACACCAGUUCGCCGUUACCUUCCUCAUAUAGUCCGGAGUAUGUGGAGUCCAGCUGGUAUCAGUGGUGGGAGAAAGAGGGUUUCUUCCGUCCAGAGCAACAUGAGAGAUUAUCUCACUCUGUGGACCAGACCUUCUCCCUGUGUAUCCCUCCGCCCAAUGUGACGGGCACUCUGCACCUGGGACACGCUCUCACUGUGGCUGUGGAAGACGUGCUGGUUCGGAGGAGAAGGAUGCAGGGCUACCGAGUGCUGUGGCUGCCUGGAUGUGACCACGCAGGGAUUGCAACACAGACGGUGGUGGAGCGGAGGCUGCUGAAAGAAAGAGGGAAGCACAGACAGGACUUUACCAGGCAGGAGUUUCUACAUGAGGUCUGGAAAUGGAAGAAUGAGAGAGGGGAGGAGAUCUACCAGCAGCUGAGGGCGCUGGGAGCCUCUCUGGACUGGAGCCGAGCCUGUUUCACCAUGGAUCCAGGCUUCAGCAGGGCGGUGACGGAGGCCUUUGUAAGGCUGUGUGACUCGGGUCUGAUUUAUCGCUCGGAGGCGUUGGUCAACUGGAGCUGUGCUCUGGAAUCUGCCAUCUCUGACAUUGAGGUUGACUCAAAGGAGCUGUCUGGGCAGACCAUGUUGUCUGUUCCUGGUUAUGAAAACAAGGUGGAGUUUGGGACCAUGCUUACUUUUGCAUACCCUAUAGAAGGCCACGAUGGCGAGGUGGCAGUGUCCACUACCCGUCCUGAGACUAUGCUGGGAGAUGUAGCUGUAGCUGUCCACCCUGACGACCCUCGCUAUCAGGCUGUUCAUGGGAAGCAAUGCAGACACCCCUUCACCAACAGACUCUUGCCCAUCAUCGCUGACUCCAUGGUGGACAUGGAGCUAGGAACUGGUGCAGUGAAGGUGACCCCCGCUCAUGACCACACUGACUUUCUACUGUCACAGAGGCACUCACUGCCACACCUUACUGUGAUUGGAGGAGACGGGACCAUGACGCCCUCCUGUGGACAGUGGCUGCAGGGAGUGAAGCGUUUUGAUGCCCGACAGCUUGUUGUGGAUGCUCUGGUUGAGAAGAAGCUCUUCAGAGGAAAGAAGGAUCACGCCAUGAAUUUACCCAUUUGCAGCCGCUCAGGAGACAUCAUUGAGCCCCUCCUGAAGAAGCAGUGGUUCCUUCGCUGCGAUGAAAUGGCUAAAAAAGCUAUACAGGCUGUGGAGGACGGACAGCUGGAAAUCAUCCCUCACCACUACACCAAGACAUGGAAGAACUGGCUGUCCAACACCAGUGAUUGGUGCAUUUCCAGGCAGCUUUGGUGGGGUCAUCAGAUCCCUGCGUACCGAGUGGAGCUUCCUAAUUCUGCUGACAAACAAGAGGAGCACUGGGUAUGGGGACAAAGCGAAGACCAGGCCCGACAAAGAGCUGCUGUGAGAUAUGGAGUUAAGCCAGAAGACGUCACUUUGACCCAGGACCCUGAUGUGCUGGAUACGUGGUUCUCCUCUGGGCUGUUUCCCUUUGCCAUGCUGGGCUGGCCGGAGCAGACCACUGACCUUCAGCGCUUCUACCCCAAUUCCAUUCUGGAGACGGGCAGUGACCUCAUCUUCUUCUGGGUGGCGAGGAUGGUGAUGCUGGGCACAGAGCUGACUGGAAAGCUGCCCUUUAGACAGGUCCUCCUUCACUCUCUGGUGAGAGAUAAAUAUGGCAGGAAAAUGAGUAAAUCUCUGGGAAAUGUUAUCGACCCGUUAGAUGUUAUACAUGGAGUCUCUCUGGAGAGACUCCAAGAGAAAGUAAAGGAGGGGAACCUGGACCCCAGGGAGCAGCUGGUUGCCAUGGAAGCGCAGAGGAAGGACUUCCCCACAGGGAUCCCUCAGUGUGGGACCGAUGCGCUGAGAUUUGCCCUUUGCUCUCACAAGAUGCAGGGAGAAGACAUCAGUCUGUCCAUCUCUCAGGUCCUGAGCUGCAGAUACUUCUGUAACAAGAUGUGGCAGGCACUGAGAUUCACACUGGGAGUACUGGGUGCUAACACAACCCCAGUGGCAACACUGGAAGAGACGUGUGCAGUGAGCAGCAUGGAGCGCUGGAUCUGCUCCAGACUCUACAGCACUGUGGUUCAGUGUGAGCAGGCCUUCGAGGCCUACGAGCUGCACACGGUCACAUCUGCACUGUACUCCUUCUGGGUCCACAGCCUGUGUGAUGUCUACAUGGAGUGUGUGAAGCCGGUGCUGGUCCAGCAGCAGGAUGGGGGGGCCGUGGUCCAGACGAACACAGAGCCCAGUGUCAGAGCCAGGCAGGUCGCCAGUAGUGUCCUCUACCACUGUGUGUCCAUGUCUCUGGCCCUGCUCUCCCCUUUCAUGCCCUUCAUCACUGAGGAGCUGUGGCAGAGACUCCAGCCACAUGGACCUGGAGCUGCUGCCCCCCCGAGCGCUCUGUGUUUACAGCCUUACCCUUGCUCCUCUCAGCUGGCACACUGGCAUUUCCCUGAAGAGGAAAGAGAUUUCCUGUUGGUGCAGGAAGUCAUCCGAGUGGCCCGCUCACUACGAUCCCAUUGUGGCAUGACCAAAGAAAAACCUGCCAUGUGGGCAGUGUGUUCACCCGGCCAGGCCCAGAUCCUGCUGCACUUUGGCUCAGCUGUUAGGACUUUAGGCCGGAUCUCCAGCCUCCAUAUCCACUGUCCUCAGAGAGCAGACCUCUUCUCUGUCCACUCCACUCCUCCACCCGAAGGAAGCCUCAUCGGUGUGGUGGACCACACAUGUCAGCUACACCUUCACAUUCAGAGUGGAAUGAACAUUGAAAACCAGAUGGCGCAGCUCUCCCAGCGCAGAGACAAGCUGGUUCCAAAGCUGGAGAAGAUCCUGUGCAGAGUGCAGUCCCCAGACUACCUGACCAAGGUUCCUGCUCACGUCAGGCAGCAGAUGGACACUAAGAUGUCGGCUCUACAGCAGGAGCUGGAGAGCGUGGAGGAGCAGCUAAAGGUCCUGCAGAAGACUCAAACAUCAUCAUAACUCCCGCCAACCGUGUGGACUGCUGGACAUCACUCGUCCAGCCUGAGUUUACUGUUCCAUGACUAAAACAACUUUUGAACGUACACGUUCCACCAAAACACGUUCCUCCCCGAGGCUACCAUUGCUCUGCUCGGCGCUCAGCACCGCCCAAGACAAAUGUGAUUGGUUUAAAGAAAUGCCAAUUAACCAGAGCACGUUUUUCUCCCAUCCCAGAAUGCUGUGUGUACUAGCCAGACCUUCCUCCGCAGCUCUGUGGAGGAAGGUCUGGCUAUGCGAGACUAGACUUGAUGAAUUAUUUAUAAUGUUGUCCGAGCUGGUGAUCUCUACACUGCUUUAAUGAAGGACACUUCACUGCAUAGUAUCAUUAUUAUGUUGUUAACAUAAUGCAGUAUCUCACGGUCAAACUGUGAUACUGCAGUACUGUACUGCAUAACUAACAACUCACCUACAGAUGGAGUUGUGGCAGGCUGCAGGUAUCCAUGGAACGCUUCUGUUUUGUUAAUGCACACGUGGCAUGAUGGAAGUUAGAAACGGUUUAUCGGUUGCUGUUGUUCAGCAAGUAUUUGUGUCACAAAAUGGCUUUUCUAUCAACAAUCCUUCAUAUUGAUCAUAUAUACAUAAAUACUGUAUCUCUUUUCCUAAACUUGACCUAAUGUGUUUCCUUGUUGGGAAUGUCAGAAAUGUGAUACCUGGAGGAUUCAGUCCAGCAGAUCGGGUUAAAAUUUCUUUAAAUACAAGUCUAGUUAUAUGGAAAACUUCACAUCAAUCUUGUGGGGAUUACAAGCUAUGUUGUGGACUGGACUCAACCUGGCAUCACUCAGUGUUAGUGAUCUAAGAUAGUAGAAAAGAGAUUUACCUGUCCUAUUCAAAUGAAUAAAGAGGGAGAGCAAAAAGA